GUUUUGCGUAGCCCAACCAGCGCAGCCCAGCUUCAAUGUGGGAAGUUCAUUUCAUUGCUAACUGUUAGCUAGCCUACGAAACCGGGGGGCCCCCUCUCGACGAGGCCGCAAGGCGUCAUGGAUGAGGCUGGGAGGCCGCAAGGUGGCCCGAGUCCCUCGACUGGCCUUCUGGGCCUGCCAAAUGAGUUGCUUCAGUCCAUUCUUGCGACAGCUGGGAUGGGAGGCGUGUCAGCUGCGGUAUGUUGCUCAGCGCUCGCCGCUGCCUUCUCCCAAGCUCUGGGCAACGUGCAACUUGCAGCAACCUUCCUCGUGGAACGAUUUGGAACGGCUUCUGCGGCUCGGCACCUUUUUGCCCCUGGCAUCCAGCAAGCUCUGCUUGGCGCGCGCUCUCCCGCCACGUACGACGCAACGUUGUGCUCUUUGCUAAAGGAGCUCGCAGCUCGCGGGGCAGAGGUCGAGCUGCACGAAGCUCUGCUGCUGUCCCAGGCGGCGAAGGCGGACCACGUGCAUCUGUUAGAGCUGCUGGUGGGCCUGAAUCCAUCCUCCGCCCUGGAGCAGCAGCUACUGCUGCAGAGGCCCCAUGCGCGGAUCUGGGGCGCCUCGCGCCACAGGCCCAGCACCUUUGCGCUCUCUCGCGCGCUGACAGCCGCGGCGCAGAACGGCCGCGCAAGAGCCGUGGCGUCCCUGCUGCGCGCCGGGGCGCCGGCAGCGGCAUACAACCACGCCGCACUGGAGGCGGCUGCGCAGGGCGGAAACCCGGAGGUUGUGUACCGGCUGUGUGCGGCCGGCGCUGACCCCACCGCGGACGGCGGCGCCGCGCUGCGUGCCGCCGUGUGUGGCGGCCACACCGCCGCCGCGAGGGUGCUGCUGCAAUACGGCGCAGACGCCCGCGCCCGAUGCAGCGCCGCGCUGCUGCACGCCUGCGAGCUGCCUGCAGCGGCCGUGGCGGCGGUGGUGACGGCGGUUGCAGGCCCGGCCAUUGCUGCCGGGGCUGCGGCGGCCACCCCGCUGGCUGUCGCCACCUCCGCCACCCGCUCUUCGGCGUACACGGCCGCACCCACCUCGCCAACCAGGCCGUCUGCUGCGGAGCAAUGUCCGCCUUCAAGGUCCUGGGCGCAUGGAAGCUGCGACAGCCCCGUUCCCCGGUUUCUCUCCGGCAACACGAGCGACUGCGUUUCGCCCUUUGCAGAGAGCUUGAACCAAGCGCCCGCAGCUGCGCCUCAGGUGCCCUCGUCGUCUUACUGGCCCGACCACUUCAACCCAUCGCAAGCGCAGCAGCAGCAGCAGCAGCAGCAGCAGCAAGGCAAAGUGUACACGGAGGCGGACAUUGUGGAGAUGGUGGCGCUGCUCCUGGCGACGGGCGCGGACGCGCGGGCGCACGGGCGCGCGAGCCUGGAGGCGGCGGCUGCCCGGGGCUACGAGCGGGUGGUGCGGCUGCUGCUGAGGGCGGGCGCGGACCCGGCGGCGUGCAACAGCUCGGCGCUGGUGGCAGCCAGUGUGCAGGGCCACGAGGGUGUGGUGGGUCUUCUGCUGGAGAGCGGCGCCGACCCCUGGGACAUGAGCAGCCUGGCACUGCGCACCGCCAGCGACCGGGGCUUCGGAGCACUGGUGGACAGGCUGAGAGCGGCGGCGUGCCUGCGCGCCAGCGGCGGCAGCAACGGCGGCGUCACUGGUGGGCUCUCGGCUUCGGGGAACGUGCCGCCUGGGCACACGGACAUUGGGAGCAGCGGCGGCGUGGUUACAGGCCAUGCCGCCAUGGGCAGCAACGGCGGCACGCCCACGCCCAAGUCGCCGCUCGCGUUCAUGUACGGGCGUGGCAACUCCGGCCGAGGCAGCACCGCCGGCCCUGGAUCCAACAGGACCGGGCCCGCUCUGCCCGGCGAUGGCAGUUGCGGCAGUAGCAGCUGGGUCUCCAGCUCCAACGCCAGCAGCACCAAUGCUACAGCCAUGGCGCUUGCUGCGGCCAUGUGUAGCGUCGACCGGCACGGGGCCAGCGCGGGGGCAGCCGGGCCCAAGGCGGAGGCUGUGGGCGCCUGGGAUCCCGCCGCCCUCUUCGACCUCCGCAUGGGCAGCAGCUCAACCAACCGCAAGAUAGUGCCAGGACACUUUGGGGAGGCUUUGUUGUGGAGUACCACAUUCCAGGAGGCUUUCCUUUCGCAAUCGUAGUAUCUCAACUUGACUCCUUCCUUGUAACGGCCAACAGCGGCCGUGAUACUAGCACGGCAAUAAUUGUUUUGGCACAAGAACUGGUGUGCAUUGCGCGGCACAGGCCAGCCAUGCACUUCCACAGCAUCACACUUCCGGGGUUAUACAGGAUACUCUUUCAUGUGCACAUUGAAUUCGCAACUGCAAUUUUUGGGAUGUUUAGUUUGAUUGCUCGUGUAGUGUGGGCGCUGCUGAAGUUUGAGCGCCUGUAAAGUUUGAUGAUGCGUACACCUGUGUUGAGCCCGCAGUGUGAGGUUGUGGCGUACGUGAAGCGCCCUCGACAUUUGAUAAUGCGCGAUGAAGGUAAAAUUGGCUUAAGAUAAUGCAAGGUAAUGGGAGCUGCACUUCUGGGAUUAUAGGAGAGAAUAUACUGUAUGGCAGUCUGGUGGUCAAGGGAUGACGUCGUGUGGCAACUGCAGAGUGCGUGGCGCGAGGUGAGCAUGGCAGGCAGCACUUCGCCAGGCAUGGUGCGUGCGUGUCGGUCUAGAGACGGGAGGUUGUGGCAUUGUUUGCUUGUGCGAUCGUUGCCGUGUUGCUACUUUCCUACAAAUUUUACUGAGGACUGGCAAUUACUUGGCAGGUGUGCUGCGCACUGGCAUUCAUACAGUCUCAGUCGGUUUGGCAAGAUUACGGCCCAGUGAUGUUCGGCCGAACAUACAAGCUGAGACGGUGUUCAAAAGUGAACCGGUGUUAACCGAGAGAGGUGCGCAGGCAGGCAAACGCUUACAUGCCGUCAAUCAACACGUAUUCCGGGGCAGGGGCUUAACACGGCACGACGGCGGGUACCAAGCGCAACAGGCGUCUGGGAGAACUACCGACCGUAUGGUGGCAGAGGUGACGGUUGAGGCAAACCGGGGGAGGUCGUGGAGGUGUAGCCGGUUUGGCGAGGCGAGGCCUGCACUACAAUUGGUGCGUGGCGGUGGUGCGCACACGGCCUGCAUUCGUAUGCUGUGGUGGCAAAACAUCUGAACAUGCCGGACAGCCGCAGCGCUAGCCCGGCUUGCAGCGGCCAACGGCUGGGUAUUCAAUCACUCAAUGCGGACUUGCUGAGUGUGGGACUGACGCGCCGUGAGAAGCCUUGCUGUACGCUGGAGCUCAGGAAGUGUUGCAAGCGCGGCAGAGCGUGUUCCCAGGGCUUCCCCUGCGUGUCCCUAUGCUGGCGCUGCCCUCGUUUCGGCACGCACAAUGGGGGAGGGUGCCGGUGACAGGAGUAGAAGAAUGGUCACUGGUGGUAGGCUACGGCUGGCGUCGUGGUGUGGGUCACAAGCCCGGGUCAGAGGUGGACCUACACCUGUAACAGACAGGCAGGCCAGCCGCACGACUGUCGCAGCGGGUGCACACGCAGCAUCCGUGGACGCCGGUCGACUGCCUGCAGGUGCG